AUCUGAGGGAAGUUAAGUCUUCCUUUGCUGCUUUGUUUUUUUACAGAUCACAGAAGAAAUAUAUGUAACAUAAACAACUGAGACGGAGUUUCUAAUCUCACCGUAAUAUAUUUAAACCGUGAACGUUCGUUUCGGCGACCUGGUGGCCGAGGACCAUACGGUGUUCACAGUACACUCUAGACCGAUGUGAUCGGCGCGGCAAGGAAACAGUGAUUUUAUUGAGUAAGGCUCUAUGGACGAAGGGUCACGAGAGUUGUUGUUCGUUAGCGAACCUGCCCUUGGGGUGAAACGAGCUGGGCGGGGAAAGAGGGCAAGUGGUGAAGUGUCUGAAGUAAGGUAGUGUUUUCCGAGUCUCUCCGGCGGGCUGUCGCGUGUAGCGGUGUAAGGGUAAAAUCUGAGGGACUAUCCCCGGCAUACCAUGGCCGGCUGAAUUACACCCUUACAACAGUUUAUCACUAGAGUCGUGGAGCCACGUGCCUCACAGAAAAACACAUAGACCCUUCCAUGUACAAAUGACUGAUCACUGAUCAGUCAGAAAAACGAAAUGACGACGACUUUCCAGCUUUAUUAGAUUUUACUGCCAUUGAAGUGAUUUGGACAAGUGUCGGCAGUGUGCAUUAGAAUUCCAUGAAAUGAAACAAGGCGAGAUUGUGAUUGGAGAUUACGGAAUGAUGUUGUGACGAGUAUUCACUGCUUACAAUCACUGCAGUACUCAGCCUUGUUAACGUGCAAAAGAAUAACAUUUCAGGCGGCUAUUCACUUCAGGGCUGAACAUGGAGAAUUUACGGGUAACACUGAUUCGAUUUCUUAUCUGUCAUCUGUUUCUCUUGGCGGAACCACGUGACCAGGCGGACACGACCAGUGGACAUCGGCCGGAAUGGGAUAGCUGGUCAAACUGGGGCACCUGGUCCUCGUGCUCACAGCCAUGUGGCCAGGGACUGUCCGCACGCUCCAGACGGUGUCAGACAUCACACAGGACAACUUUAAAUCAUAUAGGAAAUUGCCACGGGUCAUACCAGCAAUAUAAAAUCUGCGAAGGAAAGAAAUGUCCAAAUGGUGUCCUAGAUUACAGAACAGAGCAGUGUGCCAAAUAUAACCAUAAAACAUACAUUGGCCGGCGGUACGACUGGGUGCCGUUUAUCAACCCGCGCAACCAAUGUGAGUUGUCCUGUCUGGCCAGAGGGUAUAAAUUCUAUGCCAAGUUUGCCCCCAUGGUGCCGGAUGGAACUCCAUGUGACGUGGGCAUCCAUGAAGGGGCCUGUGUCUCAGGGAAGUGCAAGAGAGUUGGCUGUGAUGGGAUCGUGGGCUCAUCAGCAGCUAAUGACCAGUGUGGAGUUUGUCAGGGAGAUAACUCCACAUGUCGUAUCAUCUCUGGGAUUUUCAUGAGACCCCACCUGAAGUAUGGCUACAACACCAUCAGUAAAAUCCCUGGUGGGUCGUGUAACAUCAACAUUACAGAAGCCAGACCUAGCCGUAACUACCUCGCCUUGCAGAAAUUUGGGGGUGAGUACAUUUUCAAUGGAAAUUGGAGACCGUCCCCUUCUGGUCAGUACAAAGCCAUAGGCACCACCUUUACCUAUUCGAGACUGCGCACCCACCUUUGCCCAGGGCAGUGUAUCUUUGCUCAUGGUCCCACAAACAGAACUGUGGACUUACAGCUUCUGGCUUACCAGAAGAACCCGGGCAUCCAUUAUAGCUUUACAGUGCCGCUAGGCAUGGUAGACAAAGUCAUGGCAGAUAUGUUGUCUAUCUCAAGAACAGAGAAAUCGAACCCCAGAAGAAACCAGGCAGGUUUCCAACAACAGCAACACAGUAGACGACAUCACCAUGGUAACCAUAGGAAAGGUCAUAGGAGACACCAGGAAGGUCAGACAGCAGAGCCAGUCAGGACACCUCAGAUUCAACAGUUGUCUGCCCCAGAGAAGAUCGAUUCCCACCCCCAGUCUCAGCACUCACCAAGUUAUGGGUCACAGGCUCUCCAUCUGGCGGGUUCCACCACAUACCGACAUCAUUCGGGUCGUCAAUCUAAUCAACAUCAGUCUGGUGAUCCUUCAGGUCACUCUAAAUAUGCCAGCCACAGCCACAACACAUACUUGCCAGCAUCUACAGGAGCAAGGCAUCAUCAAUCAAGUGGCAUAAGGCAUGCCCUUGGCAAUACUAGGCGCUUCGAAGGUGGCAACAGACACUCUUCAGGUAGCAACAGGCAUUCGGUGUUUGGCAAUAGACACUCCACUUUUGCCCACAGUCACUCUGGAGGCUCCACACAUAGGACAUCGAGCCAGGCGUAUCAAGGGUCUGAUGUGCGUGCAUUGCAAUACGGCCGGCAGCCUCAUUAUAUCCCACCAUAUCAAACACAUCAACAACGACUCGCCCACAGACAUGAUAAUAGGGGUUUGAUUCCAGGACGCUACCAACCCCUACGGUACAUACCCCCGCAAUCACCAGGCAGGCAGGCCCUUAAGAUCAACAACUACCCUUCACAAAGUUCUUCAUCAGACACAAACAAUGUGUCUCAGCCAGGAGCAAAAUCCAAAGGGCAGCCGUUCAUAGAUGAUGCCCUCAACCCUCAAUCAUCUGCUGGUGCCCGCAUUGAGUACACCUGGAAGAUUGCUGGAUUUAAGCAGUGUACAGCAUCAUGUGCUGGAGGAACACAAGAGACAAAUGUAGUGUGCGUGAAGGGGCAGUCUGAGGCAGUGGUGACUGAUGAGAACUGUGUGGGCAAAAGCAGACCUCCAUCCAACAUUGUUGUCUGUAACAGUCAGCCCUGCCCCCCACAAUGGUUGGCUAAGGGAUGGGGGCCAUGUAGCACCACCUGUGGAGAGGGCUCCAGAACUCGCCUAGUUGAGUGCCGUAAGAAAAUCUCCUCCACUCUGUCUGUCAGUGUAUCAGCAGACCUGUGCCUUGACCAGACUAGGCCAGUCUCCUAUGGUCAGUGUAACAAUAAACCAUGCUCCUCCUGGAAGACAGAAAACUGGUCCAAGUGCUCCACUAACUGUGGCCUAGGACAACGCACAAGGGAGGUAACUUGUGUAGGAGCUACUGAGGAGAAGCUGCCGGUAGCCCAUUGUCAAGAUGCCAAGCCUCCAUCUGAAGAAGUCUGUGACAUGGGGUCUUGUGCCAAGGACUGGUUUUAUACUCGCUGGUCCAAACAAUGUUCUUCAGAGUGUGGAGAAGGCUUCCAUGAGAGGAAGGUGUUCUGUUCAGCUGAUGAUGGCUCCAACCUGCCAGAGAGCCGAUGUCCCGGCCACAAGCCACGCAGCAAGAAGCACUGCAAACAGAAGAAGCCUUGCGGUGGGCUAUGGUUUGCUGGACCCUGGACUGGUUGUUCAGCCACCUGUGGUAUUGCUAUGCGGACGCGUGAUGUGGUCUGUAUGAAGAGGAUCAGCUCGACUCUCCUAUCUCCGGUGAAGAACGUCAACUGCCUGGCUGAGGACAGGCCCAUAUCAGAGGAGCCGUGUGGGGAUCUGGGUCCUUGUUCCCCAGAAUGGUUCAUGACAGACUGGGGAGAGUGCUCAGUGAGCUGUGGGACAGGUGUGAGGACACGUGAACUCAAGUGUCUCUAUCCCAGCUUAAAGGUGAGCGAGCAAUGCCCAGAAAAGGGGCGACCGGCGGAGAGACAGAGCUGUAACAAACAUUCCUGCCACAGGCCACAGCUAGACAAAGAUCCUGGAUGCAGGGACAAGUAUGCCAGCUUCUGUAUCAUGGUUGUUCAGGCUCGACUCUGUAGUUAUGACUAUUACAAAGAAAGGUGCUGCUUAUCGUGCCAGAACCACUCGUAGCAAACAGGGUGACUGGAAACCUUAUAUACCUUCUGUUUUGUGCCUGUUGUAGUUGGUACAAAGACUUUUUGGGGCCGAGGAUGCAUGUGUUCUUGUUACAUGUAGGUGGUACAAAGUCUUUGUGGGGCGGAGGAUGUGUGAAAAUGUUGAUAUUAUUGUUAUAUAGUCUGUCCUCACAUGGUUGUACAUGUAAAGCAUGGCUCACAAAAAGAGACAGUAGGUGUAGUUCACCCCAAGGAUUCUUUUCAAUGCAAGGUAUGAGUACAUUUGGGGUUACCUCAUGGACUAAUCCUUAAAAAUUUGUGAGUGAAAGAAACCAGGGUGUGCAUGCAUGCAGGACACAUGAACUCACUGAUGAGAUUUUCUCAGGGUUGGUUAGGUGUGCAUGCAUGACAAGAUUUCUCAGGGUUGGUUAUGCGUGCAUGCAUGCAGGACACAUGAACUCACUGACAAGAUUUUUUCAGGGUUGGUUAGGUGUGCAUGCAUGCAGGACACAUGAACUCACUGAUGAGAUUUUCUCAGGGUUGGUUAUGUGUGCAUGCAUGCAGGACACAUGAACUCACUGAUGAGAUUUUCUCAGGGUUGGUUAGGUGGGCAUGCAUACAUCUCUCCUGAUCCAGUGUGGCUGAUCCUUCCUGAUCUGGUGUGCCUCUUCCACCUAGAUCCAAUGUGGUUGAUCCACCUAGAUCCAGAGUGGCUGAUCCAUCCUGAUCCAGUGUGCCUGAUCUACCCAGAUCUAAUGAGGCUGGUCCACCCUGAUCCAGUGUGGAUGAUCCUCCCAGAUUCAAUGUGGCUGAUUCUCUCAGAUCCAGUAUGACUGAUCCACCCAGAUCUAAUCAGGCUGGUCCACAAACACUAGAGUCUGGCUGACCCAAACAGAUCUCGUGAGGGUGACCCACCCAGACCUGGUCUGGCUGAUCCACCCAGACCUAGUCUGGCUGAUCCACCCAGACCUAGUCUGGCGGAUCCACCCAAGCCUAGUCUGGCUGAUCCACCCAGACCUAGUGUAGCUGAUCCACCCAGACCUAGUGUAGCUGAU